AUGAGAGGUACUAUAGGAAGAAGAUUGACAAACCCUAACAAUGGCUUCACUCUUGCAUCCGUAGUCAAGCAUACCCCAUUUCUCAUCCAACCCACAUCUCAUUUCUCCUCCUCCUCCUCCGACGGCGCUGGCCGUGGCCGUGGACGCGGUUCCGGAUUCGCCGGUGGAGAUGGAGGAUUUCCAGCAGCUGGAAGGGGACAAUUCGGUAUCAAUCGCGAAUCGGAAAAGGCUAACAACGAACCGGUCGGUCAUGGACGUGGCUCGUCGGAAUCGCAAUCUCCCGGCGGAUUUGGUCAUGGUCGCGGCCGUCCGAUCCAAUCUGAUUCGAUUCCUCCUGCGUUUUCCUCUUUUGUUAGACCGGAUUCUCCUAGCGUUGGCCGUGGUAGAGGAUCCGUCGGAUCCGACCCUGUUACACCUUUCGCUUCUGAACCUCCUCGCCAUCCAUCGCCUCCACCACCGCAACAGUCUCAGCAGCCGCAUUCACAACCUCCGCCCAGGGAUGAAUCUCAGGGAAGUCCCCGUCCCCAAUUUAGUGGAGAAGAGCAACCGCAACCGCACUCGCCGACGCCGCCUGUGUUUGUGAAGCUUCAGGAGAUUAAGGAAGAAACUUCGGUACCACCAUCAGAGUUUGGAUCUGGACAAGCCGCUCCGCCUAAGAUUAUAUUCAAUUCGUUGGGAAACGAAUUUCAAUCCAAUCCAGGAAGUGGAGCUGGACGAGGAAAGCCUCCUGUGGAAUCUGCUCCAAUCCAACAUGGAGAAAACCGCCACAUUCGACGCCCUCAGCCACCGCAAUAUCAGCGAUCACAACCGCAGCAGCAGCAGCGGGCUCAACCACCAAGAGAUGAAACUCCUCGGCCUCAGUUGAGUCAGGAAGAGGCUGGGAGAAGAGCAAGGAGCGAGCUUUCACGCGGUGAAGCUGAAGGAGGAGGAGGAGGAGGAGGAGGAGGUGUUAGAGGGAGAGGAGGAGGGAGAGGAAGAGGUAGAGGAGCAAGAGGCAGAGGUAGAGGAAGAGGUGGUGAUGGAUGGAGAGAUGAUAAGAAAGAAGGUGAAGCUGAACAAGAGGCUUUAAGUGUGUUCGUUGGUGAUUCUGCUGAUGGAGAGAAGUUUGCUCAGAAAAUGGGAGCCGUGAUGAUGAAGACGUUAGCAGAAGAAUUUGAAGAUGUCUGCGAAAAGUCUUUGCCUUCUACUGCUAAUGAUGCCAUUUUGGAUGCCUAUGAUACCAAUAUGAUGAUUGAGUGUGAGCCAGAGUACCUGAUGCCGGACUUUGGAUCGAAUCCGGACAUUGAUGAGAAGCCACCAAUGUCUCUGCGUGAGUGCCUUGAGAAGGUGAAGCCUUUCAUAGUGGCUUACGAGGGAAUCAAGGAUCAAGCAGAAUGGGAGGAAGCAAUUGAUGAAGUGAUGACGCAAGCUCCCCUUAUAAAAGAGAUUGUUGAUCACUACAGUGGUCCUGAUAGAGUAACUGCCAAGACACAGAACGAAGAGCUCGACAGAAUUGCUAUGACGAUUCCCAAGAGCGCACCUGAUUCCGUGAAACGAUUUGCAGAUCGUGCAGCUCUUUCUCUUAAGAGUAAUCCUGGUUGGGGAUUUGACAAGAAGUACCAAUUCAUGGACAAGCUCGUUUCAGAGGCGUCGCAGAGCUACAAAUAG